AUGGCCGCAACAUCGAAGGCCAGUGGUGGCGAAUCGGGCGGCGGCGAACCGUCGAAGGGCGCCAUCGGAACGCCGGAUGGUGGUAAGGGUGAUGAUGCUGGAGCACCAUCGCCACCAAUCCCUACGGGUUCAUCAACGUCAUCAUCAUCAUCUACGCUUCUUUUUGGACGUUAUCGGCAGCAGAGAAACGGUGCCGCCUUUCCCCCCGGUUCAGCAAAGCCGGCUGCUGCAGCGGCUACCAAAAGUAACACCAACAGCAACACGCAACCCUCGGCAACGAAGGGGUGGCCUGGCAAACGCGCCCAGCCUGAAGGAAAGGACAACACGUCCGUUCCGGAUCGUUCAACGAAUGGCAUUCGCUCGGGAGAUGGAAUAAAACCAGCAGCAGCAACAACAACAACAACAUCAACAACUAGUGCCUCAACCAGAGAGCAGCAACAGUCCCGUUCUUCUGCUCCUACAUCAUCGUCCUCCUCAUCCUCCGCGUCCGCAUCGUCGAAAAGUGCGCGCGGGAGUUGA